AUGGAUGAAAAUAAUUCUGAUGACAAUCAAGAGACAAAACUGUGGACGCCCAAAAUUGAAACGAAAUUAAUAAAUAUGUUAAGAGAUGAGGUUAGAAACAAUCAAACAACGGGCCAUACUACUUCGUGGACAAUUAGGCAUUGGAAUCAUUAUGCAAAUCAGUUGCACAACUUGUAUGGAUUUCGGUAUACAGGAAAGCAGGCACAGACUGGUCUGGGAUGGGAUCCCAUUAUAGGCACUGUUGUGGCACCCGAUGAAUUUUGGGAUAAGGCUAGCAGAAAUGUGAAGAAGUUUAUGACAAAAGGAUUUGAAUAUUUUCAAGAAAUGGCAGAAAUUGUUGAAAAUUGUUGUGCCACAAGGGCGUUGUCUCGUGCAUCCACACAAGGAGCCCUUGACUCAGAAGAAGAAGAUGAGGUGUUAAAUAAAUUUUGGUACCCUGAUGUUGGUAGGAGUAAUGCUGCUGAGGCCAUUCCUGUUGACUUAUUCGGGGAUGUGCACAUAGAUCCAGCAAAGGGCAAAAGUCACAAGAGGGGCCCUACAACUAGCCAGACUGACAGUGGUCGUUCCAAAAAGUCACGGUCAAGUGGGUUUGAUGAUGUGUGUGCAACUUUCACAUCCUAUGUACAAGCAAAAACAAAACAUUCACGUGCACGAGAAAAUGAGACAAAAGCUGUAAGUGCAUGUGGUGAUGAUUAUUCCCUUGAUGCAUGUCAAGAUGCAUUGCUAGAGCUUGGAGGCAUACCACCGUUGCAGUACGUUAGGGCACUGACACUGUUCAAGGAUAAGGAAUGGUGA